UCUGAUCUGCUGAAGGAACAUGGAUGUGUCUGGGGGCCAGCAGCAGUAUGGAGGAUCUAAGAAGAGGGUGAAGAUCCACCCCAAUUCCGUCACAGUGAAAUACGCCACCCACUUCCCCCAGCCUGGAGACGAGUGUUACGACGAUGCUCCGUCCUUUGAGGACUUUGAUUUGUUUGCGAAGGCCAGCCCUACCAAGAGACUGGUGACAGACGGUAGUAGGAAGACCAUGGAGCCCCCCAGGACGCUAUGGGGAGGGGUGGAGCCCCAGAGCCGGGACAAGGGGGUCGGGGGGCAGCUGGCUAGCUUCGGGGAGGCCAACGUUCUGGCGUCCCGGGUCACCUGGAUGGCGUUGUUCGGGGCAGCGGUGGCUCACGGCUGCGUUGCUCUGAUCACACGGCUGGCGGCGGACCGCUCCAAAGUGCCGUCCCUGGAGCUGAUCUUCAUCCGGUCUGUGAUCCAGGUCCUGUCCAUCACAGUGGUGUUUUAUAACCAGGAGGAACCCUUCGGCCCGAAGGGGUACCGCCUCCGGCUCUUCUUCUAUGGUGUCUGCAACGUCAUCUCCAUCACCUGCGCCUACACCGCCUUCGCCAUCGUGCCGCCCAGCAACGGUACCAUCAUGUGGCGCGCAACCACCACGGUGUUCAGCGGCGUGAUGGCCUUCCUGUUGUUAGACGAGAGGCUGGGCUACACGGACGUGGUGACUGUGGUGGGCAGCGUGUUCGGCCUGUGUCUCGUCAUGAUCCCCAAUGUGGCCGACGAGGAGAAGUCUCGCCUCACCUUCUGGAAGGAGGCGUUCGGCUACACCAUGACGGUGAUGGCCGGCCUCACCGGAGCCCUGUCCAUGAUCGUCUACCGGGCCAUCAAGGAGCGCGUCAGCAUGUGGACAGCCCUGUUCACGUUCGGCUGGACGGGCACGGUGUGGGGCGCCUCCACCAUGUUCGUUAUGCAGGAGCCGAUCAUCCCCCUGGAUGGGGAGACGUGGGGCUACCUCACGGGGAUCUGUAUCUGUUCCACCGUGGCGUUCCUGGGGGUCUACUACGCCCUCAACAAGUUCCACCCCGCCCUGGUGAGCACCGUGCAGCACCUGGAGAUAGUGGUGGCCAUGUUGCUUCAGCUCAUGGUGCUGCGCAUGGUCCCCUCCAUCUACGACGUCAUCGGGGGGCUGGUCAUCAUGGCCAGUGUGUUUACUCUAAUGGGAGUGAAGCUGUACAGGGUCAGCCGGGCUGUACGGCAGGACUACCAGGAGAUACUGAACUCACCCAUCAAAUAGAGUCUGGAGUUCUGAUUCAGGAUCCGUUUGGCCCUAUAGACCAUAAUGCAUAAGAUUACAUGGACAGGGGUGAAACAGAUUGUAGACCUCCACUUCUACUCUCUCUAUAUAUUUAGAAUUGUGGUGGUCAUUAUCUUGGCGGAGUGUCAAUGUCUUUGCUAAAGUUCUAUUUUGUCUGUGAAAAGAUAUUCUACGAUGAAACGGUGUGUUCUGAUAGCUUUGAUUUCAUGUCAACUGAAGAAAAAUAAGAAGAAGAAGAAGAAGAUGAAGAAGAAGAAGAUGAAGAGUGUCAAAGUAACAUGUGUUGUUUAGAUUGUAUGAUACGUUCUGUACCUUAACUUUACAGCGUAAAUAUCAGAGAUAUUUCUGCUAGAUGACCAGCAUCUAAAUAAGAUACUAGAUACUACUGCUGCUGACAGUGUGUUAACAGA